AAAGAUAUAUCUAUUAUCUCAAAAUAUAUAUUUAUUUUUUCAUAGUUGAGUUUUGGAUGCAUUUUAGUCCCACAGUUGGACACCAGAUACAGCUAACAACUUAACAAGCCUACGUCCAAUUAUCACAAACCUUUUAGCACCAGAGAUAUCAAACGCAAUUGAUCUAUGAGAAAAGUGAAAGAGACAAGAAAAUAGGCAUGAUUUCAACUUCAACUUCAUUUCUCUCCAAAUCUUUCGCCACCAAAAUCACCAACGCAAAGCCGAACGCCUCAGUCCUCCACUUUGUUCUCUCUCUCUCCUCAAUCCCUUCUUCUUCAUCAUCAUCUUCUUCUUCCGAAAUCCCUUCCAGACUCCACCACAAGGACUGGUUAGCACCAAAGGAAGUCCUCCAAGUCUUCUCAUCCCUCACAAACCCCAACUCCAUCGUCCCGGCCUUAAACCACUACUCCAAACGCAAGGACUACAAACCCAAUGAGCCUCUCCUCACUCUCAUUAUCAACAACCUCGCCGAAGCCCGUUUGUUCGACGACGUCGAGGUUGUCGUCGCCAGAAUCAAGGCCGAGAGGAACUGCAAUCUCUCCGACGACUUCUUCCGCAAUGUCAUCAGAGUUUAUGGGAAUCUGGCCGGUCGGAUCAAGAGGGCCAUCGAGAUUCUCUUCGAAAUGCCGGAGUUUUACGGUUGCUGGCCCACCGCGAAAACGUUUAAUUCCGUGCUGAAUUUGCUCGUCUCCGCCAGACUGUUCGAUGUCGUUCACGAGCUGUUUGUGGCUGCUCCUAAGUUGGGUGUUGUGAUAGAUGCUUGUUGUCUUAAUAUAAUGAUUAAGGGGCUUUGUGAAUGUCGAAAGUUGGAGGUUGCGCUCCAAAUGCUCGAUGAAUUUCCCCGACAGGGAUGCGAGCCGAAUCUGUUGACUUUUACGACGCUUAUGCAUUAUUUGUGUGUUCACGGGAAGGUUGAGGAGGCUAUUAAGUUGUUUGAGAGGAUGGAAGAGGAGGGUAUCGAACCGGACACGAUCACGUUCAAUGUGUUGAUUGCAGGGCUUCGGAGACAGGGGCGGGUUGAUGAGGGAAUGGUGCUUCUGCAGAGGAUGAAACUCAAGGGGUGCAAUCCGAAUGUGGGAUCUUAUCAGGAGGUUUUUAAUGGUUUGCUUGAUGCGGAGAGGUUUUCCGAGGCAAACGAGGUCAUGAGUCGGAUAAUCUCGAUGGGAUCAAGCCCGAGUAUUAAGUCUUUCAAGUGUUUGAUUCAUGGAUUGUGUGAAGAAAAUCGAAUGGAAGAUAUUGAUUGGGCUUUGAAGCAGAUGGGAAAGCAAGGUUUUGUGCCUAAAAUGUGGAUGUGGAAGGAGAUUCUUCAGAGCCUGUUUGGUGGAAAGACUAGUGAUAAAUGUGUUUCUUAUUUUGAACAAGUAAAAGCCAAUUAGAAUACUUGAAAUAGGACUCACAUCUCCUCUUCAAUUUUGGUGUCUCAAACGGCGUCUUUCUAACCGACCACAUAC